UGCAUCUUUCAACAAAUCAUACUCAUCCCAUUUCAAUUAAAUCUUCUUCUGUAAUCCAAACAAUCAUUCAAUGACCAUUCUUACUACCCAAAUAUCUUUUCUUUUGCUUCUUCUUUUAUAUCUAUCUUCACAUUCCCCAAAACCAUGUCUACCAAUGAUGAGAGGAUGGUUUCAUGCAAUGAGAGAGACCGAGAGAUACUCUUAACCUUCAAAGAGGGAAUCGUUGAUAGUUAUGGUCGAAUAUCAACAUGGACAACCGAAAAAGAUUGUUGUGCUUGGGAAGGAAUCCACUGUGACAACAUUACUAGAAGAGUUACACGAGUGGAGCUACCAUUUAUUUUUAAAGACGGGCACACCAAAUAUUUGAAAGGUGAGAUGAAUCUUUGUAUUUUAAAACUUGAGUUUCUAAGUCACUUGGAUUUGAGCGACAAUGCCUUUAAUAUGGUAACUAUUCCAUCUAAUCACCACAACAUCACACAUGUAUCUAAACUUCUCUACCUUGAUUUAUCUAUGAAUGGUAACAUUGUCAUGGAUAAUCUUGAAUGGCUUUCUCCAUUUUCUUCUUUGAAAUAUCUCAACCUUCGCAAAAUUGAUCUUCAUAGAGAAUCUAAUUGGCUUCAUGCAGUGGCUAUGUUUCCUUCACUAUCAGAGUUACAGUUGGGGGGUUGUAAACUAAACACCUUCAUACUCAACCCAUCAAUUGAGUAUAUGAAUUUGUCUUCACUUAUCACUCUUGAUCUUUCUUUCAACAACUUCACCUCUCAUUUUCCUGGUAAAUUUUUUAAUCUCACGAAACAUAUCACCUAUCUUGAUCUUAGAGGGAGUAAUAUACAAGGUGAGAUACUUUCAAACAUACUAAACCUUCGAAAUUUAAGACACCUUUAUCUCUCUUAUAACCAACUCAGAGGAUCAAUUCCACAUGAAAUAGGCCAACUAUCACAUAUUCAAACACUUGAUCUUUACAAGAACAUGUUAAGUGGUUGCAUUCCUCCAAGUCUGGGAAACCUCUCAUCCUUAUAUUCUCUAUCUAUUGGCUUUAAUAAUUUCUCUGGUGAAAUCUCAAAAAAAACUUUUUCCAAACUCAAUAGUUUAGAUUCACUAGACUUGAGUAGUUUAAAUGUUGUAUUCAAAUUUGAUUUUUAUUGGGUUCCUCCUUUCCAACUCAGUGCACUUUAUUUGAGUCAAACAAAUCUAGGCCCAAAUUUUCCAUCAUGGAUAUACACUCAGAAAUCAUUGGAGUCUCUCGAUUUAUACAGCUCGGGAAUUUCAUUGGUAGAUAGGAAUAAGUUUGUGAAUCUUAUAGAAACAAUAAGCUAUAGUAUUGUUUUGUCAGACAAUUCGAUGGCUCCAGAUUUAUCAAACAUAACAUUGAAGGCUUACUCUUUUUUAUUUUUGGAUCACAAUAAUUUCACAGGAAGCCUCCCAAACUUAUCACCAAUGACCGAAUUUGUUGAUUUUUCUUACAACUCAUUUUUUGGAUCAAUUCCACAUAGUUGGAAGAACUUAAAAAGUUUAUAUUUCAUUAGCUUGUGGAGUAAUAAGUUAUCAGGUGAAGUUCUAGUGCACCUCUCUCAAUCGACACAAUUGCUAGUCAUGAACUUGGGAGAAAAUGAAUUUUCAGGAACCAUGCCAAUCAACAUGCCACCAGGCUUAGAAGUGAUCAUAUUGAGAGCUAACCAAUUUGAAGGGAACAUUCCAACAGUGUUAUUCAAUCUCUCAUCUUUAUUCCAUUUGGACCUAGCACAUAACAAGCUUUCAGGAUCUAUUCCGGACUGCGGUUAUAACUUGACUCAUAUGGUUACUAAUCAAUCUUUAGCUACAUGGUAUGGUAGUAUAAUUGAAUUGUUUCAAAAAGGUCAAGAUUAUGUGUAUACAACCAACCCUGAUAGGCGAACUAUUGACCUUUUAGUCAAUAGCUUUUCAGGAAAAGUACCAAUGGAAUUAUUUCGUCUUGUUCAAGUUCAAACAUUAAAUUUGUCUCACAAUAAUUUUAUGGGAACAAUACCAAAGACAAUUGGAGGAAUGAAAAAUCUUGAAUCUCUAGAUCUCUCUAAUAAUAUGUUUUAUGGUGAAAUUCCAGAAAGCACGAGUGUCCUGAAUUUUUUAGACUAUUUGAAUCUAUCUCACAACAAUUUGAUUGGAAAAAUCCCAAUUGGAACACAACUUCAAAGUUUUGAUGCAUCUAGCUACUUUGGAAAUCCAAAUUUGUGCGGAGCUCCUCUAAAUAAUUGUACCACAGAAGAAGAAAAUCCUAAAAAUGUAACACCAACAAGAAGAAAUGAAGAUGAGGACUCUAUGAGAGAAUCUUUAUAUCUAGGCAUGGGAGUUGGGUUUGCAGUAGGUUUCUGGGGGAUGUGUGGUUCUUUGUUUCUUCUUAGAAAAUGGAGGCACACAUAUUAUCAGUUUGUUGAUGGAGUUAGUGACAAGAUCUAUGUAACUUUCAUCGUAAUGUUGAAUCGUUUCAAGAGAAAUUAAACUUCGAUUAACUAAGGUCACUUUGUAUGUGGAAGAUCUUGCAUUCUUAUGCAAAUUGUGGAAAUAUUAUUUUCCAAAGGAUUCAAUACCAUUAUAUAAACACUGUUGCUUUUGAAUUUAAGUUUCAUCUGUUGUAAUACUUUUGUUUUUAUUGAAUAUGUUUUCUUAGUAGUCAGGUAAGUGUUGCAUUAAUGUUGUUAUUGAGGUUUAUUUUCACCUAAGGUUUUGUGUAUCUCUCUCCUUAAUUUUUAUGCAAAAUAUAUAGUUUUGGACACUGUUACGCAUAAUAUGUACUUGUCAUCAGGGGCUUUAAAAUGUGAAAGUGCUGUCAAA